AUGAAAGUCGUAUUCGAGGGUGACAAGGGUCCAGCUGGAUUCCUUGGAGAUUGGGUUGAAAAGUGUCGUGGAGGUCGUGAUGUCGUGGGGCAUGGAAUCAAAGGAGAGGAUGCUUCAAGUCGGUUUUCCAAAUCUAAUGUCUACUUCCAACUGUUGGUCGGUCACUCAAUUACUUUAUCGCUAGUGUCUUCCAAACGUUUCCUUUUCACCUCGUUUGAUCAAUUCAGAAGGCUUUUAACCAUUCCUCCUCUAUUAUCUCAGCAAGUUCUUCUUUUGAUCUACUACUUCUCUCUAUUAAUUUGUAAACUAAAAAUCCCUAUGCCUCUUUAUUUUAUUCUCAAUAAUGUACCUUUGAGAUUGAAAUCAAAUUGA